AACAAAUCGCAGUUACACACUGAAAACGAACACAGAAUCCCCCAAAAGAAGCCACCUUUAGGGUUUUCGUCUCCAAAUCAAUUCGUGAUUCGCUUUCGAAUCGAUUCGUCACGAAUCCAAUCCUCUGGUUUCCUUUAUUUUCUCCAGUUUUCGAUUUCAAUCUCUUUGCCGUGAGAAACGAUGGGAAGAGGCAAGUUCAAGGGGAAACCUACUGGCCAGCGCCGAUUCUCAAGUGCAGCUGAUAUUCUUGCUGGAACUUCUGCUGCGCGUCCUCGGUCAUUCAAGCAGAAGGAAGCUGAGUACGAAGAAGAUGUUGAAGAGGAGUCUGAAGAGGAAUCUGAAGAGGAAUCCGAAGAUGAAUCUGACGUGAAGAAGAAAGGACAUGAAGCUCUUAUUGAAGUUGAUAACCCUAACAGAGCCAAACCAACGACUUUAAAAGCUAGAGACCUUGAUGCUAGUAAAACCACUGAACUCUCAAGGCGUGAAAGGGAGGAGCUAGAGAAGCAGCGAGCUCAUGAGCGAUACAUGAGGUUGCAGGAGCAAGGCAAAACCGAACAAGCAAGAAAGGAUUUGGAUCGUCUGGCUCUGAUUCGCCAACAGAGAGAAGAAGCGGCCAAGAAGCGAGAAGAGGAAAAAGCAGCGAAAGACGCCAAGAAAGUAGAUGCUCGCAAAUGAGACAAGUGUUCACCCUAAAAAAAAUAAACUACAUAAAAAGAAGAAGAAUACUCAUCGAGUUUUACUUUGUUCUUUUUUCGAUUGGUAAACAGAUCAUAAAACAUUUUCCGAAUACUUAGUGCCCAGGGGAUUUCUCCAUCUUAAUACAUUGGAAGUUAAUAAUCUCUUUGUCUUGCUUUGUUUUUCAAGUCUUUUAGUUUGGUCUGCAAGAAAUCCUAAACUUAAGCCAAAACCUGCUCUGGUUUGAUAAUAAGGGUUUGUAGU